AUGAGUCAGUUCGGCUUCGGCGCAAGCGGCGGCGGCGGCACCGGCGGCUUCAGCUUCGGGACACCCAAGACGGCGAGCGGCACCACCACCAGCAGCAGCGCGGCACCCGCCGGCUUCUCCUUCUCCUCGGCCAUCUCGUCGGGCGCGGGCACCGGCGGCUCCUUCGGCUUCGGCUCCCCCGCCCCGAACGCCGGGACCGCCCAGCCCGCCGCCGGCCUCUUCUCCUUCACGACGCCCGCCGCCUCCGCGCAGCCCGCCGCCUUCAGCUUCGGGAUGCCCCCGGCGUCGUCCGCCGCGGGGGCGGCAGCGGCGGCGACUCCCGCGGGGGGCGUGUUCACGCUGGGGGGCAACGCGCCGAAGCUGACCUUGGGGGCCUCGAGCGCCACAGCGGGCGCCCCCUUGGCCACCGGCUUCGCGCUGGCCAGUGGCGGCGGACUGGCCGGCUCCGGCUCCAGCAGCAGCGUUGCGGGCACCCAGGCGGCGGCGGCGACACCCACAGGGUUCGUGUUCGGCUCAUCGGCCACGACGACGCCACAGCCGGCUCAGGCUGCCCCAACCGCCGCCCCCACGGGAGGCUUCAGCUUUGGCGGAGCGGCCCAGACAGGAGCCCCCAAUUUCAGCCUCGCCUCGCUGGGGAGCGCCCCGCCGCAGACGGCGUCUACCGGCCCGGCCUUCGGGAUCGUUCCUGCCUCCACCAACGCCGCUGUCAGCACAGUCGCUGCAUCGCAGGCAGCCCCGGCUUUCAGCCUCGGGACAGCGUCCACUGGUUCUGGCUUUGGAGCGUUGGCUCCAGCAGCUGCUGUCACUUCCACCACUGCAGCCUUGUCCUUUGGGGCUAAACCUGGAGGUAUGUUUUGUGCGUGGGUGCUGAAGAGCUGUGCUGACUUGCCUGCUGUUCCUAUUCAUUGCUGCUUUUUAUUUAUAUUUUUAAAAGACAAACAAAACAUAUAAAACAUGUAACCUUCAACUGUUUCAUAUAGCGUGUUGUUUGGUUACAGGUUUUUGUGCAUCUCUAUACUCACUACUUACCAUUGUAUAUCAAAUCACAAAUUAUCCAUUGAAUAAGCAUAAAUACAUUAUUAUCAUUGUAUAAUU